CCAUAAAGACAAUAGAGCCAUAACAUAUCGGGCGCACUUAAAGGCGUAUUGGUAAAAAAUGAAUUGAUAUAAAUAUUGUUUUGUUUAUUAAGAAGGAGAAUAAAAUUGGAGGUAAUGGACAGAGGAAUUAAUAUUUAGACGAAACUAUUUACAGACCAGGAGCGGCUUCUAUAUAAUUCGGUGUAUUUCUCCAAGCAACGGAACAGGCCUGAAAGGAAACGUCUUGUCAUGUUAUUCUUAUGGAUUCAUCAAAGCAGAAACCUAAUUUUACUAUUUCUGUGAUAAUAUCAUGCUUAAAAAUCAUUGCAUUGCUUUUUUCUAGAUAAUAUUGAGCAAACAGUAGCAGCAACGGAUGAACGAAAGGAAGUUAUUUCAUUGAAGCGGAUUCUAUACAAAGAUACAAUUCACCGAUACCACGUAUUAAUAAUGCAUGUAUAUAUUUAAAUGAACCGCUCUUUAAGCAACAUAAAAUUUUAAUGAUAACUGUUGAAGAUAAACUUACGUGAGAAUCGGGAGCAGGUUUAACAAAACAAAAUUGAGGAACAGAAUUUUCUUUUCGUUGCAUAAAAUAUAAUUACGAUAUGAAAUGAUGGAAAUAUGGAACUGCUAUCUACGAGCAAAGAUUUUUCAGAAGAAAUAUUGUCCCAGGACAAUUCUAUUCUAGAUAAUGGAUCGUUACGAAGAAACAUGUCAUUUGCAUUGACCAACUAUACACUUCACCGGCCCCAGUAUACAGAUUCUAUCACAGUUUUAUUGGAUUUUAUUUAUGUUCUUGAUGAGUUUGGCGUUCCUACGCUUCUUACAGUGGGAGUUCUAUCCAAUUUGAUACUUUCGAUUACAAUUCGGAGCUCAGAACUGAAGAAAGUCUCCGCAUGCUGUUAUUUCUUCUCUAUAGGUAUCGUCGACACAUUGUAUCUUAUUGCGAUGGCAAUUCCUUGGAUAUCGAUUCGCGUUGUCGAUAUAUACAAUACUGAAGGUUUCUGUCAGCUUGUGUAUUACCUGAAUCUCUUGACAACUUUUCUUUCAAGUUGGUUUAUUGUGAUGUUGCUACUAGAAAGACUCUUCGUCUGCUAUAGACCGGACUUCGCUGAAAAGUAUUUGAGCGCUUUCAGAACAAAGUGUUACAUUACAGUCGUGUCCGUUUUCUCUGUUGUCGGCCAUCUAUAUCUGACAUGGACUAGCGGAGUAUACGACUCAUACCAGGGAACGAAAAUCUGUAUGAUCAUACUUGAACACACAAGACAUAUAAUGAUAAUGAGAAAAAUUGACACAGUAUUGGCAUUCAUUUUACCAGUGUUGCUGUGCUUAAUUUUAGCUUUGCCUUUGAUAACGUACCUGUGUGCCUCUAAUAUGAAAUGUAAUGAUGGUACCCUCACAGUGAAAACUCGAAUGGUUACAGUGGAAGUGAAACUAAACUCGAAGAAAAUGACUCGUUAUACCGAAUGUCCUUCAUGCUCAAGUGUGGCACAUUUUGAGAGAAUGCAGAGAAACAGAAUACGGCAAAUAACGCAUAGCAAACGUCUCACGCUUGUUGCUUUGAUAAUUGCUUUAGUGUAUGCGAUAUUGUUCAUACCACACAGCGUCAUCAAAUCACGUAUAACGUUUCUAAAUGGAGAUUAUUUAGUGACCUUUGAAGACGAACUUUUCCUAAAAUUGUUUGAAGAGCUGUUCAAAAUAAACUUUGCAUACAAGGCACUUGUUUAUUACGCACUUCUACCCGACAUGAGGAAAAAUCUAAUAACAGUAUUUCUGUCGCGCUGCAAGAGGAAACGCAGAUUGGAUCGGGGGAAGAAAAGCUUAGAGACACAACUAUGAUGCUCAAAUAUUAUUACAAAAUAUCAUUUAUAGGAUUUUGAUUUACAAAAUUUACACUUGACAAGCUUCCAUAUGUUGGAAAAAUCAGAUUACAGUGAGGCAUUACGAAACAUUAAAUGUAAUAAUGUUUAAUUUAUAUCAUGAAAUUGUAUUAAUGAUGAUGUGUCUGGGCAAUACUUUUGCAAAGUUACUGAGUACACUAACAUAAUGUCAUGAUUUAAUAUUGAUUUAAGUAUUGAUCUUAUAUAUAAGAAAUACAAAUUUAUUAGACACUUUAAUAUCUUAAUAAAUCUGGCUGA